GGUGAUAGAUACGUGCUUGUUUCUCGCCCAUUAUAAUUCAUUUUUCUCCUCGCCUCACAGUUUGGACUGGAUCUGCCUCCUUUCCCUGGGCAGGAGAGAUUGGUCUUCAUAAACAUGGCCGCCCCAGGAUACUAUGUGUCAUGAAGUGAAGACAUUUCUUUUAUCCAAUAGUCUUGUUUUUUUUUUUUGUAUUAAAUGUUGGCCAAGAAGAGGCACGUGUACUUUGUACAGGCGGCUGAGGACUGGAUGGCACACUGAGAAGAUUCGCUGUCACGGAUGUUUGACCCACACCGGUUUCCGUAGCCAGAAGUUACUGACAUCUCCGGCGUAAAAUGUCCUUCUUCCCAAAGAUACGCCUAAGAGAGGAGGUCGCGGAUUACCUGCGUAAUGUGUAUCUCAACCCCGAGCUUGUGGCCACAUUGGGGCAAGAAGAAGCAGAGAAGAAAUUUGUGCGUCUGCAGAAUCAUUUGUCCCAUCCGCCAUCUUUUACCACCAUCCGUGUAAAUACGAGACGGACCUCUGUGGAAAACGCAAAACAGCUUCUUAGUGAAGAAAUACAUAAGCAGUUCCCCGGCGUCAUCGUCCCAAUUCAUCAACAUCCUCAGCUUAAUGACCUCUUAUUAAUUCCAGCCAUUGGUCCAAGGAAAGCGUUGAAGCAACAUCCAGUACAAGCGAUUGUCGGGGCCCAGUGCGGAAGUGCCGUCCUCAGAGGGGCCCAUGUCUACUCUGCUGGGAUUCAGUCUGCCUCAAAAUGGAUGAAGGCGGGGGACAAGGUCUCGGUUUACUCAGACAUUGAGGGACAGUGUAAGCGCGGCGCCACAGAGUUCGAGGGGACCAAAGUAUUUAUCGGGAAUGGAAUUUCAGAGUUAAGUCGGGCAGAAAUCUUCUGUUCAGCCAGCCCCAUAAAGGGAAAAGGCAUCAGAAUGACUGAACCUGUGUACUUAAGUCCGUCUUUUGAUAACAUCCUUCCAGGAUACAUUUUCUUGCAGAACUUACCGUCUGCGGUCGUCAGCCAUGUUUUAAAUCCUCAACCUGGUGAGCGGGUGUUGGAUAUGUGUGCUGCUCCUGGAGGGAAGACCACUCACAUUGCCACCCUCAUGAAUGACCAGGGAGAAGUCAUUGCCAUGGACAAAAUAGCCAACAAAGUGGAAAAGAUAAAGCAGAAUGUGGCUGGGCUAAUGCUCGAUAGCGUCCAGGCGUACUGUUAUAACAGCACCAAGGCGGUGACACAUGACACAAGUGACAGUAGCCAAGGUACGGCUCCUCCAUUCCCCCCAGAGUCCUUCGAUCGUGUACUUUUAGAUGCCCCAUGCAGUGGAAUGGGACAGAGACCUAACAUGGCCUGUGCUUUAUCACUGAGGGAGCUAACGUCUUAUCCACCUCUGCAGAGGAAACUCUUCAGCACGGCGGUUUCAUUGUUAAAACCUGGUGGUACACUGGUUUAUAGCACAUGCACCAUAACUUUGUCUGAAAAUGAAGAACAAGUGGCCUGGGCCCUAAAGACUUUCCCCUGCCUCCAGCUUCAAACACAGGAGCCGCACAUCGGAGGAGAAGGUAUGGCCGGCGCAGGACUGUCCCCUGACCAGCGGCAGCUCCUGCAGAGGUUUGAUCCGUCCCUGGCAGUGCUGUGUGACUCCGACAUCAAUGAUGGGACUUGUGAAGAUAAGGAGCAGACUCUGCUAGCCAACACGGACACCAUCGGGUUCUUUAUUGCAAAAUUUAUUAAAAAUAGUUAAUUUAUU